CAUAUGAUCAUUGUAGGUGGUACCUAUAUAAAUCUGAUAAAGUCUCAGAGAGAACAAACAUUUGGCAUUAUUAUAUUAUCUCUGUAUUAAUAUCUGUGUAUUUAAAAAGUUUAUACAUUUGACGUGUGUUUUAAGUCCGAAGUCAAAGGAAGAAUGCAGUUUAUCAAGAUGUCCCUGCAGUGACUUACAUUGUCAAACCUAUUCAGACAAGGCAGUCUCAUUUGUCGUCUAUCAUAAAAGACUAAUCAUUUCACAAUACAACCUCAUCAAAUAUUAAGAUAAGCAUGGCUUCUGGUUCAAGUGGGUUAACGGACCAAGAUGACAUUUCUGAGCUCAGUACGUCAGAAGAGGAGUUACAAGAUGAUGAUAAAUUUGACCGUUUGUUAAGGAAACAGAAAAAAAUUUAUCAGUCUCACCAAAAACGGAAAUCUAAGUUCAAUGAAAAUAUUUACGACAUACCAGAUUUAGUUGGAGCCACUGAACCAUUAUGUUGUGAUUUCAACGAGUUUUACAAAGCCAACAACAUUCAACAGAUCGACAUUUUACUGAUUGGUAAAACGGGCAACGGAAAGAGUGCUCUAGGAAAUACUAUACUGGGACGCCAAAUUUUUGAAAGCAAAUCAACGCUGACAUCGGUUACAAAACGAGUCGAGUCCGGUGUAGCUGAAAUAGAAGGACAAAGAAUAAAAGUCAUCGAUGGACCUGGUGUCGGAGACACAGGCAUGGACAAGCAAGCGGCUAACGUCAACACGCUGGAGUCUAUAUCCCAAGCAAUCGCCAUCAACCCUGAAGGAUAUCACGCCUUUCUGCUGGUUGUCCGCUACGGGACGAGGUUUACUUUAGAAGACGAGGACACCGUUACUCUUCUCAAGGAAAUUUUCGGCCAGCACUUCUUCAGCAAGUUUUGUAUCAUCGUCAUGACCUGCGGAGAUUUGUUUGAAAGGGAAACUAGAAAAAGUUUCCAAGAUUGGCUCAGAACUCAAGACAGCCUUUUCUUUUCUAAAUUACUCAAAGAGUGCGGCAACAGAAUCGUUUUAUUCGACAACAAAACCAAUGACAAGGGAAAACAUAAGAAACAGGUGAAAGAGCUUCUAAGUUUGAUUCAAAAUUUAAAAGUUCAAAAUAGUCGUUACACAAAUGAUCAUUUCGACUUAGCGCAGAGAUCUAGGGAUACCAUCAUUUUAAAAUCUAAUCAAGACAUCAUCGAGGAGGCAAUAAUGAUAGAGGCGGAUUUAAUUUUUCAAAAACUUACGUCCAUUCAAAACGGCGACCAACCUGGGAUGCACGAUCAGGAUUUGCAGGAACUGACGGAAAAAGCCAAUAGAUUGUAUGAACAUAUUAAAGUUAAAGAUAAAGGCACAGGCGUUUUGCAUAGCUUAGCACUUCACGUGUGGUCGCUUAUCUGUUCAGUGAGAGACGAGUCGGCACUGUCCCUGAAAGUCGCCGACGAGAAGAAAAAAUUUCAGAAAGCAAUGGCCAAAGCUGCGAAACAGCACGAAGCUGAGUUGGAGAGGCAACGCAAAGAAUUUCAAGAACAAUUGAAAGAGAAUCGAAUGACGGAGAAAGAUGAAGAUCGCUUUGAGGAGUCCCAGCUUCACCUCACCAAGAAAGUACAAGAUCAGUGGAAAAAGGAAAGGAAAAAAUUCGAGGCGCAACACAAGCUGCUUUGGGAAGAACAAAAGAAACAAAUUCUGUUGGCGAACGCCCGUUUACAAGAAAUUAAAGAAGAACAGCGAAGCCUCAGGUCUAAAGGGACAGAAAAAACAAAGAAAAGUCUUUUGAAAGCUCUCCAGAAAAAAUUCAGUCGCAAUGAUCAAGCAAGUAAUGUUUGAUAAGAACCAUUGGAUUCUUUUUAGCCUUGUAUAUUUAUUAAUUUGUGUCUAAAUUCGUAUUGUUAUGAUAUAUUGACCUGCUGUACUAUAAAUCUAAUCCACCUUGUUCGUUUCUAUACUUUGAUGCUAAAAGCAAAUCAUACUACUAGAAACUAUUCUGAAUUUCUAUACUUAAUCUCGUUUAUAUCAUUUGUUGGCAAUGUGAUCGUUUUGUUAUUCUCCUGCCAGAUCGAUUUGUAAAUAGCUCAUUCCGGCGGACAAUUCAUUACUUCUGACUAUGAUUUGGAAAUAGUUUAUGUAUGGUUCCUUUUAAGAGGGCUGGAUAUUUUGAACCGUUAGAUACAUGUUACUUCUUUUUUUUUUAUCUAGCCAGCUUGUUUCUAUGGUUUCUGUCUUUGACCUGGGCUGCUCUUGAGAAAUUUAGUCAUCAAACGUGAUUGAUGACUAUUGAAAGACCAGUUUAUCGUCCUUGACAUUGGUUAUAUUAUCCAUUUUCUUAGAAAUCUCUCAGAAUUUUCUUUUCGUUUUCCUACGCUUUUAUUCAGGUUACCUUAUAUCACCCCUACAUUUCCCCUUUUCUCUUUCUCUUUUUUUUCUAUGUUAUUGUAUUUUGUUGCUAAACGUAAACAGGAUCUUAAAAAUCAGUACAGACAAAGACGAGAAUACAGUGUAUUAAAACUAAAAGUGAUAUUCCCCGAUUGCGGGCUAAUGAUUUGUGAUGGAGGAAGGGAGACAAAUCCCUGCAAGGAUCAUUCGGAAAUAGUUAACUUAGAAAUUGACACAGUGGUUGUCUCUCGUGAAACUGUGAAUCAGUAGAAUUAGUACCCAGAAAAGCAAAUCAGUUGAAGCUGGCCUGAGUACUAACAUUAUAACUGUUUUGGGGAGACGCCAGUCACAAUGGUUCCAACGACCAUUGACUUGUAAUAAGUCUUCAUAGUUGCUAAUUAUGAACAAAAACUGUGGCUAUUAUAGAGUACUACCCAGUAAACUGUCCACAUCAAGUAGGUGAGGUGAUCAUUUCUUGCAUUAUUAUUAUUAUAUUAUAUUAUAAUAUAUUAUAUUAUCGUUGAAACUAUAACAAUAUUUAGUUCAAUAAAGAGCCAAGAUUAUCUUCUGAUAAUUAUAUUUUACAUUAGAAAAAAGACAUGACAAAUUAAAAAUGAUUUUUUUUAAUUUAUUUCAAAAUGCAAUUUUAAAAAU